AGUUUUUGCCACCACGUUGGUGUUACUGUCACACGUCAACUUUGCGCAAAAACUGUUUAUUUUGGUCGGGUCGGUUUUUUUGUAAAUUUUGGGGCCAACUUGUGUUGAAAACUUUUUUUGUGUGUAAUUUAGUGUCUUGUGAUGGGGCGCCGCAAGUCGAAGCGAAAACCGGCGCCGAAACGCAAAGCUGUGGAGCCCCUGGACCAGCAGUUCAACUGCCCUUUUUGCAACCACGAAAAAUCGUGCGAUGUUAAAAUGGAUAAGGGUCGAAAUACGGCCAGGAUAACGUGCCGAGUGUGUCUUGAAGACUUCCAAACUACUAUCAAUUUUUUAUCAGAGCCUGUGGAUGUGUACAACGAUUGGAUAGAUGCAUGUGAAUCUGCUAACUGAGGUUUUUAUGUAAAUGUUUUAUUAGGUACAAAUAACACUUUUUUAUUAUAUCAGUCUAGGAAAAAAUGUAUUGAACGAGUGGUUUUAAAAGUAAAUAAGUCAUAUUUAAAA